CUUCACGCAGAUGCCCAAAGCGCCGUGAGCACAGAAGUCUCCAAACACCAGAAUUCUACUUACCGCACCGAACCCCAGUAGAUGACAGCAUAAAAUAGCCUAGUGUUAAUUAUAGUUAUUUACAUUAAUUCAUCAAUAUAGCAGUAUGGUUUUCUUUCCUACACCUUAGUUUGCUUUUCCAAGAGACCUCUUUGUGCAAACUCUUUUGUACUCUAUGUGCACGUCCCCGUGGUUACUGCACAUCCCCAGCCGGUGUUGGUGAUGCCAUGCCCCGCAACCACAGUGGCGAUGAAGCCAGUUCUGGGCUCUGGAUGAAAACCUCUCCAGGGCGUCGGGCUCAGAACUAUAGGUUGAAAGAUGUGGAGUCUGGACGGAGGAUGAUGAACAACGCUGUUCGAGUCGGAGACGGGAUGCUUUCGCCAGGCGCGGCAGGUGCAGGGGGCGCGGAGAGGAGAAAGGGCGCCCGGUUGAGUUUGCUCGGGAAGCCGCUCAUCUACAGCGCGCAGAGCGGGCGCAGAAACGCGCACUACCGUCGUCUCCAGAAUUACCUCUAUAAUGUACUGGAGAGACCCAGGGCAUGGGCGUUCAUCUACCACGCCUUCGUGUUCAUCUUGGUGUUUGGCUGUCUGGUCCUGUCAGUAUUCUCCACAAUCCCUGCCCAUCAGGACCUGUCCAACCACUUUCUGCUCAUCCUGGAGUUUGUGAUGAUCGUGGUGUUUGGGCUGGAGUACAUCAUCAGGAUAUGGAGCGCAGGCUGCUGCAGUCGCUACAGGGGCUGGCAGGGACGCCUCCGCUUUUCCAGGAAACCCUUCUGUGUUAUAGACAUCAUUGUACUCAUAGCUUCCAUUGCUGUGGUGUCAGCGGGUAGCCAAGGUAACAUCUUUGCCACAUCAGCAUUGAGGAGCCUUCGCUUCCUGCAGAUCCUGCGAAUGGUGCGCAUGGACCGCAGAGGGGGCACCUGGAAACUACUGGGAUCUGUUGUCUACGCGCACAGUAAGGAGUUGGUGACAGCUUGGUACAUUGGGUUCCUGGUGCUUAUCUUCUCUUCGUUCCUGGUCUAUCUUGUGGAGAAGGAGUUCAACAAAGACUUUGCCACCUAUGCUGAUGCUCUGUGGUGGGGCACAAUCACUCUGACAACCAUCGGCUACGGAGACAAGACUCCUCAGACGUGGACGGGUCGUCUGAUCUCAGCUGGCUUUGCUCUGAUGGGGAUCUCCUUCUUCGCCCUGCCUGCCGGUAUCCUGGGCUCAGGCUUUGCCCUGAAGGUACAGGAGCAGCACAGACAAAAACACUUUGAGAAGAGGAGGAACCCAGCAGCCAGCCUCAUCCAGUGUGUCUGGCGUAGUUAUGCUGCUGAUGAGAACUCGGUUUCCAUAGCUACCUGGAAGCCUCAUUUGAAGGCGUUGCAUACCUGCAGUCCUGCAAAGAAAGAACAGGGUGAGACGAUUAGCAGUACUAAGUUGAGCUUUAAGGAGCGGGUACGUAUGGCAAGCCCUCGCGGCCAGAGCAUGAAGAGCCGCCAGACAUCCAUCAACAAUGAUCGGCGUUGUUCCCCGGGCAACAAUGUGGCGGGCGCUGAGACGCGCAGCAGCCCUGCCAAGGUGCAGAAGAGCUGGAGCUUCAAUGACCGCACCCGCUUUAGACCCUCUUUACGCCUUAAGAGCCAAUCACGCACCUCGCCAUCCGAAGUAGACACAGGAAUGGGGAAUGAUGACACGUUCGACGACAGGGGCUGCCACUGUGAUGUCACCAUGGAGGACAUAACAGCUGCACAGAAGGCUGUCAUCAGAGCCGUCAGGAUCAUGAAGUUUCAUGUAGCAAAGAAGAAGUUUAAGGAGACUCUGCGUCCAUACGAUGUGAAGGAUGUGAUAGAGCAGUACUCUGCAGGACACCUGGAUAUGCUCUGCAGAAUCAAGAGUCUACAAACUAGACUGGACACUGGAGUGGGCCACACCCUGAGCAGCAAACCCAGGAACAUGUCCUCCCCCUCCCUGCACUUAUAUUACAGCCAGGCCAGGAGGAAGUCCGCCCCAGGGAUGAAGUCCCCAGGGGUGGAUCAGAUACUGGGUAAGGGCCAGAUCCCCAUGGACAAAAAGAUCAGGGACAAGCUUCACCCUGAUGGGGACACACUGGAGGACAUGAGUAUGCUGGGACGUGUGUGUAAAGUGGAGAGACAGGUGACGUCCAUAGAGUCAAAGCUGGACUCUCUGCUAGAUGUGUACAGGCAGGGCUCGUCUGCCCUCACCCUCUCCUCCCUGCCCCUUUUCGAGCUGGAGCACCAGACAUCCGACUACCAGAGCUCCAUCCUCAGCAAGGACCUGCCCUCUGGCUCCCACCUGGGAGGGGAGUGUGUAAGAGGGCAUCCAGGUGAGGGGGGUGGGGGUAUGUCCCGGUCAACAACAGGUGACCAUCUCUCCAGGGGCCUCCAGCUCAUACUGGCCCCCAGCGAGCUCACCCUCAACACCUGCCCUCCCCCAUACCCUGCCUCCACCGCAUCCCCCACACCCAUGCCCUUCCUGCUCCCUGAUAGCCCCUACCCGCUCCUCACCACCCCCAGUAGUUUCCCCAGGCGAGCGCAUUUCCCUAACCUCCUGCCCCCUCCACCAUCUGCUGGUGCCGCCACCCUCCAUCUGCCCACCACUGGCCCCCAGCACAGACGCCCCCUCUGCCCCACCCCAGCUGCUCCUCGAAGGGGUAGGCUGGAGGAGAGCUCAGGCCCCUCUGUGAUGGUGGGCUCCAGGGUGGACGAUGGAGAGGAGGACAGAGAGGGGGAACAUGCCCAGAGCAGGGUGCAGCUGAGGGGGAAGCCCCACUUGAGGGAAGAGGGCCCCUGGAGGAGGCACUUGAGCCUGGAGGUGGACCCCUUGCUGCUGCUCUCCUCUGGAUGUGAGGGGGUACCCUCUGAGCAGGGACAGGGGCUGGGGAAGUCCUGGUCAGCACACAACCUUACUCAGCCAUCUGCAGACAACCCCCCCAACCUGUCCUCCCCCCUCGGCAACAGUAGCAGUUCCAGAGAUGGCUCCCAAGGCAACCUCGACGUUAGCAACUGGCGUGAAACAGACCUUUUCAUCACUGUCUGUGACCUGGAGCCACAGGUGGACCAGUUUGAUUUCCUGUCCCAGGAGAGUGGCUUCCUGUCCCAUCCCACAGCAGACGGUACUGGCUGCUUGGACCUCUUGCUGACUGAAGAUGGGGGGUCCUCAAGCAGUUUGACCGGACCCCACAUCCCCACAAUGGACAGUGCAGAGUCCCUCAACCAGCCUCCCCAUGUACGACUAAAAUAACUAUUCCAUAGGAGUGAAUAAAAUAACUCCUUCCCCCCAACACACACAUUACUAAUACGACCAUCCAGCAUAGAGGAUUCACUGGACAAAAAAAAAAAAAAAAAUGAUUUGAAAAUGUUGAUUUUAACUCUGUUUUUAAGAUGUUUGAGGUGUCAACAAAAGAUGUCCUCUCAUGCAUAUCAUUGCAUGGACUAUUUCCUAAAACAGCAACAAGCUGAGAAACUAACAGGGGAAGGGGAGAUGGGGGAGGAAGAUUGAACAAAAGAGAGUUUGGUCAGAUAGUGGUACUGUUUGCUCUCUCGACUAUGCAUGACCACCGCAUGUCUAAACUGCACUUUAGGGUCGAGAGCAUUCAAGCCCCCGAGCCCCUUCGAUAGCCUUGGAACCACAGUUAUGAGGGCUGAGUCCAACCUCAUAAGCCCACAGCUCACCUGUUUUUACCUGCAUGUACCAUUCAUGUAUCUUCCAAACCCUUGAGAGGCAAUUUGGAGCAGUCAGCUAUUAUUACCCAAGUAUUCCUAACAAGCUCACCAUUUAAUAAUAGAUAAUACAAUAAUUAAUUUGAUAUUAACAUAAGAAGAUAAACCUAUUGAAGUACAUUUGUCAAUUAUUUUCCUAAUAAAUUGUACAAUCUUGUGAGGCCAUUUGAUUUUGAACAAAUCCAAUUUGCUGAUUGCGUGCUCCAGUAGGAUUCAUUGUUUUGGACUUUUAAAGGCAUUUAGUGAAAGACAAACAGCAGCCAAAUAAGAUCAGUUAUGACUGUGAUACAGUAGAUAGUGAAACAAGGCUGGGGUACACUGCAGUUGUCGGUCACAAUAAACACUGCAGAAUGCAGGGUUUCUUGUCUUACAGCUCAUGUGUACCACUGCCUUGUGGUACACAGGCAGCAGCACUGUUUGACUGCCACUCAGCCUGAACACAGAUGCCUGCUCUUGAAUGAGAAUAUGCACAAAACUGUGUCAGCCAUUGUGAUUUCCUCUAUUUUGCACCUUUUUGUUCUUGAAGAAGAGACAGACACAACAGUCUUAAAUGUCUUCUGUGGCGUUAACGAUGACAGCUUACAUUCAACACAUUUGUUUUUAUGGUGCAUAAGUGCACUUGGCUUAGCUGAUUAACAAUUACACUGUAGAAUGCAAUAUGUACAGAUGAAUGCCAAAAUACAGAAAACACUUGAGUAAAUGAGGGAUUCAAAGUACAUUGAAAGCAGGCUAUUUCACACAGGUUUGGUUCCUGAGUUAAUUAACAUCCCAUCAUGCAUAGGGUCAUGUAUAAAAAUGUCCAGUUGCCCAUUAUUUUGGCUACCAUGGCUAGAAGAUCUCAGUGACUUUGAAAGAGGGGUCUCAAAGUAGCAGAAGGGGUUUAUUACAGGGUGUGUGUGUUUGUGCGCACAUAAAAAAAUACUGUAGUAUACUCUGGUAUAAAUACUAUAGUAUUCACUGUAGUGUUUUUGCAGACUUUACUGUAGUAUUUACUGUUAACUAUAGCGUAGAAACUGUAGUAAAGGGAAAACUUUAGUGUAUACUAUAGUAAUUAAUGUAGUGUUUUUUGCGGAUUGUAAUAUACUGUAGUGUUUUUGCUGACAUUACUGUAGUAUUUACUAUAGUGUUAUUGCAUUAUAAUCUUUGACAAGAAACCUUCUGGAGAACUAAUAAAAGAGCACAUUUAGCAUAACCUGUAGGUAGGUAGGACUGGGGUCUGAACGGAUAGUUCAGAGCUUCUGCUCUUUUCCAUAACCUGUAAGGAACACAAUAUAUGGUCUAUACUUGGCAUGUAGGUUUCUCAUUUAUGGGUGGCACAAAUUGCGAUAUUGAGUAGGGGAAUGGUCAGGGUAUAUACAAAUGAAAUACUGUAGUAUUUACUAUAGUUUACUGUAGCAUUUGUGUAGUAUUUACUACAUUUUUUUGUUGGGAUAAUACUGUAGUAUUUACUAUAGUAUUCUACAGUAUACUACAACAUUCUAUAGUAAGUACUACACAUGAUCGAGGGAUACUACAUUGUGUAAUAUAAUAUUCUACAUUUUACUAUAUCAUUAUUUUCUAUAGUAAGUACUGUAGUAUUCUAUAGUAAACUGUAGUAUAUUUUCAUGUGUGUGUGUGUCUCUCUCAAUCAACAGAUCUCAACCCAAUUAACCCUUAUGGGAGAUUCUGAAACGCGACGCCUGAGACAGCGUUUUCCACCACCAUCAACAAAACACCAAAUUAUAGAGUUCCAGACAUUAGAAUCUAUUCCAAGGCACAUUGAAGCUGUUCUGGUGGCUCGUGGUGGCCCAAUGCCCUAUCAAGACACUUUAUGUUGGUGUUUCCUUUAUUUUGGCAGUUACCUGUAUAUCAUUUAUGUUAAUACAGUAUGUGACCUGCAAAAUCUACAUAACUGUGUGUUAAAAUGGGAUAUUAUAUAACUAUGGCUGCAGUGUUUGAGCGGAGUUGGUACGAUAAAUGCGCAACUGAAAGCACAAUCGUUUGGAGACGUUGGAACCUGCAUAUGUGGUUUUAUGCUCUGUAAUGAAAUGUUUUCCAGAUACAUAAUCAUGUGACAGACAGGAGGCACUUGUAGAGGUCAGCUCCAUUGGAAGAAGGCUGAGUAUCAAAUCCACUUAGUUAACUAUAGAGUAUGGAGUCUUCCAUUGAAGAAAUGUCAUGCUUGGUCUGUAGACUGAAGUUAUAUCAAAUUUACUGGUUAAUUAAUGGUUAAUUUCCCUUAGUUUAUUCUGUAAAUGCUUAACAGUGCCUUUCUUGCAUUUUAAUAUGAUUAUUGUUAUUUUUUCUCCACUGGGCUGCAUAUGUAGCUACAGUGCCUAGCUACGUAGAAUAACUCAUACAGGUGUAAGCUCAGUUUCUGAAACUUGGAUAACACACUUUUAAUGGCUGCAAAUCUACUACAGUACAUGUUCUAUAUCACUUGUAUUGUCAUUUAUUAUCCAAAAUAGGCCUAAAAGGGCAAUUCAACCACUUUUCAACCUUAUUUUCAUUAUCUCCAGCACAAUUACAGUGUCUUCAUUUAUGAAAACGGCGCAUUUCUAGAAAAAAUACAUAAAGUAAAAAAGUAUGCGAACAUCAUAAAUAAACAUUUAUUUAACAGUGAUUCCCUAACACUAUGAGACUCGCGGUGAUGUGGGGAGCAAGAAAAUACCCUCCCUCUGGCUAGAAACCCAUUGCAGGUUUUGAAAAUCACAGUUUUGUUUACUUUUAAUCCUACCCUGUUUUAAGGACUUUUCUUAUUAUCUUUUUAACCACAGAUCAUAGAAACGGCCUGUUUUCACAUACACUGAGGGUGUUUCUCAAUAUGCAUAUUUGCUCCACGCUCUCAUGCUCUGAGUGCAUUCUCCAAUGCUUUCUCUUGAGUAUGUUCUUGUGAGGACGAGCGUGUGGAGAAUGCAUAAAACAUUACGUUUGAGAAGCACUCACACUUCCCCCUACUGUAUUACCUCACGCUUCACUUCCCCAUUCCCUGAGCCUUCAUCCAGCCAGGACAAUGAAUCAAGAAUAGACUAAACAAAAAAUGACCUAAAAUUAAUAUUAUGCAAGAUAUAUUUUAAUUUUUCAUGGGUAGCUAGCUAACUAUUCUUCAUGGCUAUCUGAAAGUAGUAGCCAGCCAGAUAGCCCUAUUGACUUAUUAAUUUUAGUGUGGGUUUUAGUGGGUUAACUGCCUGUUCAGGGGCAGAACGACAGAUUUGUACCUUGUCAGCUCGGGGAUUUGAACUUGCAAUCUUCUGGUUACUAGCCCAACGCUCUAACCACUAGGCCACCCUGCCGCUUGUUAUCUACGGUACGUAGGCAGGUAAACAUUAACACAGCAUGUAUUUAUUAACGUAUCAAGAUAAAAUAUUGUAGUCAGGCAACAUAUGAGAUGUGAAGAGGCAACAUUUCAUUCCGAAGUCAGUGUAUUUUCUCUCGCUUCAGCUUAAAUAAUGGCCGUCAUUUUUUACGUGGCUGCGUCAUAUUUCUUUGCAUACUUUCAAUUCUUUCAAUUGAAGCUUGCAUUGAUGCAUGCUUCAAAAUAUGUACUAUUAUACAAUGGGUGGGUCUAAUCCUGGAUGCUGAUUGGUUAAAACCCCAUUCCAGCCGGCGUCUAUUCCACAAGUUACCACCGGCUAACUCUAUGACUUUGAAAUAUCUAUUUACUCUCACUGCGCAAUCCACUGUCUCAUCAACCCAGCCAGGCAAUUUAUAAACUUGAUCUCUACUAUAAAAAGCAUCUAGACAUUAUCUCCCAUUUCUUUUAGACUAUCAUUUGGUUUUCAACAGCAGAGAUUUGUAUAAACCGUGCAGUCUGUCUGCCCCGACAUUUGCAACAUUGUUUCAAUAUUGAAAUUUAUCUCCAGCUGUCCCGUAGUAAUGAACAUGUCGGGACCAGACAGACAGACAGAUUUUCUUAGCCAGUCCAAAUCAUGAAUCAGCUGGUAUCAUUUUUAUGAAUUUAUACAAAGAAAUGUCAACAGAAAACAGGACAAACUAAAUGAAGUUGAAGAGCUGCUAGUUUGUAGUUUUUCUAGCUUCAGACUGAAGUGAUUGUGUUAGCUGUAUUGUUGGCUAGCUCCUAUAAUCAACAAUAUCCUAACGAGAGAGCACAUUUUCUAUGUCAGGCGAAAUCGCGCAUCAUUAGCUCAUUGUUAUGGAUGUAUCUAAAUAAAUCUCACUAGAAAACAGUUUAAACAAAUAACAGCAAAUGCAGCAACUUUGCUGUUAUUCUGGCCGUAGUUAGCCGUAGUUGGCUAGCUAUCAAACAAGGGAUAAGAACGUUGCCAGCCAGUACGGCAAUGGAACAUUUAGAACUAACUAAAGAGUUGCGUCCAUGGAUGCAGAACAAAAAGAAUAACGACUGGGAACUCUGGCAACCGAACCAAUAGAUCGAACGACCAGCCGGCUUGUGUAGUAACCUUAGAUUUGUGUCGGGACUAUAUCUCGUGGAAGAAUGAAAUAAUAUGAAUUAAUUUAUCAAAAUAAUGUUUUUUAUGACAAUAUGUCAAUCAUUAUUUGAAUAUGUUGGUAACUCCUUGUAUAAAAGUGAUAAUUCCCUUGAAGCAGGAUAAUUGUAAAGAAUGAUUUUUAAACCUUCAGACAAUUGUGACAUGGAUUGUGUAUGUGUGCCAUUCAGAGGGUGAAUCGGCAAGACAAAAGAUUUAAGUGCCUUUGAAUGGGGUAUGGUAGUAAGUGCCAAGCGCACCAAUUUGAGUGUGCCAAGAAUUGCAAUGUGGCAAGGUUUUUCACACUCAACAGUUUCCCAUGUGUAUCAAGAAUGGUCCACCACCCAAUAGACAUCCAGCCAACUUGACACAACUGUGGGAAGCAUUGGAGUCAACAUAGGCCAGCAUCCUUGGGGAACGCUUUCGACACGGUGUAGAGUCCAUGCCCCUACCAAUUGAGGCUGUUCUGAAGACAAAGGGGGGUGGAACUCAAUAUUAGGAAGGUGUUUCUAAUGUUUUGUACACUCAGUGUAUGUAGAUACUGUUUAGGUGCUGGAGAUAAUGAAUACGGCAGAAUUGCCCUUGAAAAUACAUGGUGGAUAAUGUUAACAUUCCUAAUUCUUUCAAAUUAAUGUAUUAAAGUGCACAUAACAGAGGUUACAAGAUCUCUGUGGAGGAGAAAUACAAAAUGAAUUGUAAUAUUAUACAUCAAUAAACUACAAACAUGAAAGUA